AUGGUACUGUCCCGCUCGCUGCUGCUCUCGUGCGCGCUGUCGCUGGGCUGCGCGGCCGCGUCCAUCGACUUCCCGGACCUCACCAGCUACAGCCAGCCGUGCGAGCCCUUCACGUGCCGCCCCAAGCGCGCGGUGACCCCAGCCAAGGACUUUGAGUUCACGGCCAAUGGCUGCGGCACGUCCGGCAUGCCCAUCUCCACGUCCACGGACUUCCAGGAGUGCUGCAACUGGCACGACGCCUGCUACAGCAUAUGCGGCAUGCCCAAGGCCAACUGCGAGAAGCGGCUGCAGAAGUGCAUGAAGUCCCAGUGCAAGGCCAUCAGAGACCCGGCCAAGCGCGACGAGUGCUUCUCGACCGCCAAGAUCUUCUACAUCGGCGCCAAUAUGAUCGCCUGCCCGGCCUACCAGGAGGCCCAGAAGGAGGCGUGUGAGUGCGUGCCGACGGAGAACGCGGCUGCUGCCACACGCGAGCGCCUCGAGUACUUCCUCGAGGAGAAUGGCGCGCCGCAGGAGGAGCUCGAGGACGAGGCCAUCGACGCGCUGCUCAAGAAGUACAAGGGCCAGGAGCCUACCAUGUUCCUGCGGCUGCUCAAGAAGUACCCCAAGGCGCUCAAGACUGACCCGCAGAAGACCAACUUCAUGGACGACAUUGUCAAGAACGCGGGCGCCGAUCUCAAGAAGGACAAGAAGAAGAAGGGCAAGAAGCGCAGAGCCGCGGGGUCCUCCGCCACGUCGCUGACGUACUCGGGCCUGCAGAUAUUGACGCCGUACUCCUUUAGGCUGGCUGCUAUGUCCUCCAUAGUCAACACAGCCCGGCUGCCUGUGGGAGAGGCGCCGUCGCUCUGCACGGCGGCCAGCGCCGCGCUGGAUGACGCCGACGACGCCGACUGCGAGCGGAUGCGCAGGUACUGCAUGGCGUCGUGGGUCACGUCCAGCAGGAGCUUGUGGGCCGCCAGGGAGAUCAGCCGCGUGCUGUAG